UUUCGCCUUCCACUUGUUAUCUCCCUCCAUUGCUCUCUCUCCUUCCCCUCACACUCGCAGAGUACGAUGCAGCACCGCCAAACCUCACUCUUCUCUUUCCUCCAAAAACUCACUCCGGGGAAUGAAGGAUCCUGCGAACCCUAUUCUUCUCCGGACGCGAUCCGCCACGCACGUCAGCCAAAGAAAGCCCCGCACCCAACACCAUUAGAGUCGAAGAACAACUCCGAGGAAACCUCCGAUGAGAUCGGAGGAACUGACGCUUCGUCUCAAAAGAUGCGGCGUCAAGUCUUAUCGGCGGGGAUUCCGGUGGCUGCCAAUGAUGGCGAUCGAAGAGCUAAUCAUUUUUCGAGCAUCAUGAGCAAAUUUGUGAAGGAAGACAAAUCCGGAUGCGCCAGUAAUGGGAAAUCGAACCAAGAUUGCUGCGGUUCCUUUAUUUGUCACCCCAAUGAUUCCACUGAGAAAAGUGUGAAAGAUAGAACUCCUGAUGAUAAAUGCUCAGCCAAACAUGUUUCAGCGAUUAAGAAGAGUUCUGAUGGAUUGGGACCUCUGUAUUCUGAAUGUGAUUUAGAUGUUCUAGGGCCAGAAACUCCUGCUGUGCGCCCUCGUGUUCCGCUUUUCAAGAGAAUUCAACAGGAUCCUUCUGAUUCUGACAAGCAAGAUUCUUCUCUGUUUGGUCCUAACAAAAGGUUUAAGCCAAUAGGCAAGACUGUUACUGAAAAGAAAAUCCUGGAGAAUUCAUGUGAAAGUACAAGUAGCAAAUUUGAGUGGCUUGUUCCUUUUAAAAUUAGAGAUGCCAAUGGAAGGAGACCAAGUGAUCCAUUUUAUGACAAGAGAACCCUGUAUAUUCCACCUGACGCAUUGAAGAGAAUGUCAGCAUCACAAAGGCAAUAUUGGAGUGUGAAAUGUCAAUAUAUGGAUGUUGUCAUUUUCUUUAAAGUGGGCAAGUUUUAUGAGUUAUAUGAGUUGGAUGCUGAGAUUGGACAAAGAGAACUUGACUGGAAAAUGACCAUUAGUGGUGUCGGUAAAUGCAGACAGGUUGGUGUUUCAGAGGCUGGAAUAGAUGAUGCUGUUCAUAAACUAACUUCUAGGGGAUACAAUGUUGGACGGAUGGAACAACUUGAGACCUCAGAACAAGCAAAAGCUAGAGGAGCAUCUUCUGUCAUCCAAAGAAAACUUGUAAAUGUAUCAACUCCUUGCACACCAAGUGAUGGCAACAUGGAAGCAGAAGCAGUUCACCUUCUUGCUCUGAAAGAGGGAGAUUGUGGUUCUAAGGAUGGUUCUAUUUUUUAUGGAUUUGCUUUCCUUGAUAAUGCUUCAUUAAAAUGUUGGGUGGGUUCCAUUUCUAAUGAUAACUCUUGUGCUGCACUUGGGGCAUUGCUAGUGCAAAUUUCACCAAAAGAAAUUAUCCAUGAAAGAUCUGGACUCUCAGAAGCAACUCGUGUUGCACUAAAAAAAUAUGCUUCAGCAGGUUCAAUGAAAAUACAAUUGACUGCCACAACUCCUGGUGUAGAUUUUCUAGAUUCAAGUGAAGUUAUGAAGUUGGCUAGUUCUAAAGGAUACUUCAAAGGAUCUUCUAAGCAAUGGUUUUCAGCAAUUGAUGGUUCUGUGAACUGUGACCUUGCUAUAUGUGCUCUCGGUGGGCUUAUUACUCACCUAUCAAGACUAAUGCUAGAUGAUACUUUACGUAAUGGAGAGCUCUUUUCUUACCAUGUGUAUAAAAAUUGUUUGAGGAUGGAUGGCCAGACUCUACUUAAUCUUGAGAUUUUCAGCAAUAAUGUUGAUGGUGGCUUGUCAGGCACUUUAUAUAAGCAUCUUGAUCAUUGCUUAACUGCAUCUGGUAAACGGCUUUUGAGAAGGUGGAUCUGUCAUCCUUUGAGGGAUUUUACUGGUAUCAAUCAACGGCUUGACGUAGUGGAGGCAUUCAUAAAGAAUUCAGAGAUAAUGUCCUUGAUAGCUAGUUAUCUGACUAGAAUUCCAGAUCUUGAGAGAUUACUUGGACGAGUCAGGUCUACUGUUGGUUCAUCAUCCAUGCUACUUUUGCCAUUUGUUGGAGAUAAGAUACUGAAGCAGCGGAUUAAAACAUUUGGAUUUCUUGUUAAGGGGCUUCGAAUUGGAUUAGAAUUGUUAAAUAUGAUAAGGAAAGAAGAUCAUGGAAUGCUGCCAAUAUCAUUGUUUGUCAAUAUUCCAAACCUCAGCAGCCUUGAUGAUCUGCUUAACCAGUUUGAAGUAGCUUUGGAGGAUGACUUUCCACAUUAUCAGGAUCACAUUGUCAAAGAUUCUGAUGCUGAAACUUUAGCUGUCCUAGUUGAGCUAUUUUCUGGGAAGGCUAUUGAAUGGUCUCAGGUCAUCAAUGCACUUAAUUGUAUUGAUGUGCUUCAGUCCUUUGCUAGAGCAUCAAUUUCGUCAUUUAUGCCUAUGAGUAGGCCUAUUCUUUUAGUGAAUGCAUAUUCACCAAAUCUAGCCAAAGAUAAGGAUGGUCCGAUGCUUCACAUGAAAGGUUUGUGGCAUCCUUAUGCUGUUUCAGGUAAUGGGAAUGAUCUGGUUCCUAAUGAGAUACACCUUGGAAAUGACUCAAAAAUUUGUCAUCCUUGUGCAUUGUUGCUGACUGGACCAAAUAUGGGUGGAAAGUCAACAUUGUUGCGAGCAACAUGCCUAGCAGUUAUAUUAGCCCAGCUAGGUUGCUUUGUACCUUGUGAAGAAUGUAUGUUAUCCCCCGUUGAUACCAUCUUUACACGUCUCGGUGCAACUGAUCGAAUCAUGUCUGGUGAAAGCACGUUCUAUGUUGAGUGCUCAGAAACAGCAUCAGUUCUUCGGAAUGCUACCAAAGAUUCUCUUGUUUUGCUUGAUGAGCUUGGUCGAGGAACAAGCACAUUUGAUGGUUAUGCAAUUGCCUAUGCUGUGUUUCGCCAUCUCUUGGAAAAAGUUUGCUGCAGGUUGCUGUUUGCUACCCACUACCAUCCACUUACUAAAGAAUUUGGAUCACACCCUCAUGUAAGCCUACAGCACAUGGCCUGUUCUUUCCACGUGGGAGAUGGAAUCUCUUCCCCGAGGAAUGAUCUGGUCUUUCUCUACAAACUUGCUCCCGGUGCUUGCUCGGAGAGCUAUGGCCUGCAAGUUGCUUUAAUGGCAGGCCUCCCUAAGCAAGUUGUUGAAGCUGCUGCAAGUGCUGGCCAAAACAUAAAACAGCUCAUCAGUCGAAAUUUCAAGUCAAGUGAGGCCAGGUCUGAGUUCUCCACCCUGCAUGAAGAAUGGUUGAAAUCACUCUGGGAUAUUUCAAAGCCUAGUGUGAGUUUGGGCGAUGAAGACAUAUCUGAUACUUUGCUUUGUUUGUGGCACGAAUUGAGGAGCUUUUAUAAACUGAGGUAGUGGCUUCCGAUCAUAAAAUCUUAUUUGGCAUGUAUUCAUAUUGAAUAGAUUUCUGACAAGGCUUCUGAAAGUCUGCAUUUUUGUGCAUAGAUGCAGUUCAUUUGCGUUGGAAUGUAUGGCGUAGUUUUUUUAACCCUUAGUUAAGCUACAGUGUUAUUGUGUUAAGCAAUGCAUUUUUUGUUUUUACCGAUAA